AUGAAGACACUCAUCCUCAUGCUGGCCACCGCGGCCUCCCUGGCCGACGCAGCAGCACAUAUCCUCCCUCGUCAACCCAUCGCCACAGCAGCUGCCGCGUACGCCUCCGACGGCUGGACGCCCAAGCCCACAGCCCCCCCGGCAGGCUUCAGCUUCGUCCCCGUCGACGGAAGCAGGAAGAAGCGUCAAGACUCGGACUCAGACUCGGACUCAGACUCAGACUCGGACUCAGAUUCGGACUCAGACUCGGAGCUGACUACGGCCCUCAUCGCCCCGGACAACGUAUGCGGCUACGUCUCCGGCCGCCCGGGUGCGGCCUACUCGUGUGGAGUGGGAUUCACCUGCGCCCUCAUCACCGCCAGCUCCAGCUACAGCGGCUACGUAGCCUGCUUCGACUCGUCCAAUUUUGGUGCCAGGCUCGACUGCAUCGACUACGACUCCUAUUACUCAUCCAGCGCAUGCCUUGACGGUUGUGAUGUAGAUGCCUUUACACUGAAGUGCACGAACACCUUGAUGCCAUACUGCAACACAGUGUCCUUCUCCCCAUCCAUCUACGAUUACUGGUGCAAUAGUCAGGACGAUAGCUUUGCCCGUUAUGCCACAACAGCCUACUCCGGCCAAGACCGCACCUUCUCCGACAUGGUCCUCAGCGAUAUCGAAGAGACCUCGUCCGUCACCGGCGCUGCCCCAUCAGCCACCUCCACAGACAGCAGCGACAGCAGCGAUGAUGACGACGACAGCGACAGCGGCGGCAGCAGAAAGACCAAGAAGAAGAGUAGCACCCCCAUCGCCCCCAUCGUCGGCGGUGUGGUCGGCGGCGUCGGCGCGCUAGCCCUGGUAGGAAUAGUCAUAUGGUUCAUCAUCCGCCGCCGCAGAAGGUCCAGGGCUAAGGACGCCGCCGCCGGCGCGGCCGGUGCGGCCGGUGGCGCCCUCGGGCCCAGCAACGGCCAGGGCGCCAUCGCCUACCAGCCCGUCCAGCAGCAGGGUCCCCCUCCCGGCGUGGCGCCGCCUUACACGGGUCCUCACCAGAGUUACUACGCCGAUCCCAAGUUCGCCGCCAUGGCAACAACUCAGUCGUCGUACUUGUCUCCACCCAUGCAGCAGCAGCAGCAGCAGGCACCUUCCGCAGCAUUCUAUAACACCACGGGCGGUCAUCCUCCGCCUCCGGGAAAUUCACCGUCGCCUCCUCCACCGCAGGGGUCACCGGACAUGGCCUCGCCAAUUGGUCAGAAUACAGUGUCUAAUACGAGUUCCGUGUACGGGGCUGGUGCUGUCGGGCUUGGUAGCCAGCAGCCGUCGCCGCCGCCGCCGCAGCAGCAGCAGCAGGGUGGGUUUGUCCAUGAGGCCCCCGCCAAGCAGGAGGAUACGCUGAGGGGGUUCCAUGAGUUGGGUUGA